AGUCUCGGAACUGAACCAAACACUCGUUAGACAUCUAAUCAUCAUUUGUCGCAAUUAUUUAUAUAUACGAGAAAAAAGUUUUUCAAUAUUAUUGUCAUCACUACCGGAGAGAGUGAGUGGAGUGAGUAUAUGUGCUAAAGUGGACAUCACUGAUGCACAUCCCUAUCCCCGUCAGUCGUCAAGUUGUGUCGUGUGUACGCGUGCGACGACAGUCCCCUAAAAUGCAAGACUCGCGCAAACCUGUGGCCAUCGGAGCGGCGACUGUGCCCUUGCCGUCCACCGCAAGGCCCGCCACCGACUUCACCAUCGAUGCCAUUAUGGGUCGUCGCGCCGACACCGACCGCCCGUCCCCGCGGUUAGGCGUCACCGCAGACUGCGUCGGGUCGGACGACUCGUCCCAUCACUCGGCCAAAGCGCUACAAAUGUCGGCAUACCUGAGCUCUUCGGCUACCAGCCCCACCUCAUCCCCCCUUAAAUCGGAGUUCAUAUCAAACUAUAAUUCUUCGCCGCCGUUAUCGCCCGGUUCCGAGUCGGCCGACCUGUCGCUCAACCAUCACAUCCGACCGCCGAGCUCUUCGUCGUCCGUCGGUCGCGAGAGUCGGUGUUCGGCGGCGACGACCACAGGAGACCGAUCUCUGUCUGAGUCGCCGUCGUGUCGGUCGCCGUCGCCCACGUCGUCCGUCAAAGAGAAUGGUCGGGCGGACGGAAAAUCAGAGCCCAACCCCUGUUCAGAGGACAACUUUGGGUUCACGUUGACAGGACUCGACCUUUCCCAACUGACAGCCGAGCUCUUAUUCCUUGAGACCCUGGCCAAGGUGCUCAACCCGUGGCUUUACUAA